UCUUCAGCGUGAUGCCUAAAUCCAAGCGCGACAAGAAAGUGUCCUUAACCAAAACUGCCAAGAAAGGCUUGGAACUGAAACAGAACCUGAUAGAAGAGCUUCGGAAAUGUGUGGACACGUACAAGUACCUCUUCAUCUUCUCUGUGGCCAACAUGAGGAACAGCAAGCUGAAGGACAUCCGGAAUGCCUGGAAGCACAGCCGAAUGUUCUUUGGCAAAAACAAGGUGAUGAUGGUGGCAUUGGGUCGAAGCCCAUCUGAUGAGUACAAAGACAACCUGCACCAGGUCAGCAAGAAGCUGAGGGGAGAAGUUGGUCUCCUUUUCACCAAUCGCACCAAGGAGGAAGUGAAUGAGUGGUUCACUAAAUUCGCGGAAAUGGACUAUGCCCGUGCUGGUAACAAAGCUACGUUCUCGGUGAGCCUGGACCCCGGGCCCCUACAGCAGUUCCCUCACUCCAUGGAGCCACAGCUGCGGCAGCUGGGCCUGCCUACUGCUCUGAAGAAAGGUGUGGUAACCCUGCUCUCUGACUACGAGGUAUGCAAGGAGGGCGACGUGCUGACCCCGGAGCAGGCCCGCGUCCUGAAGCUUUUUGGCUAUGAGAUGGCCGAGUUCAAAGUGACCAUCAAAUACGUGUGGGACGCGGCGUCUGGAAGGUUUGAACAGAUGGGCUGUGACUUGCCAGAGAGCGCAUCCGAAUCGGAAGAAGAGUCAGAAGAAGACGAUGAUGAUGACUGACCGGGGUGCCUGGGACUGAGGCCUCCAGCACGCU